GACGUCAGUCCAUCCCUCGAAAUCACAGCCAAUUGUGCCGCUAUCUUGUCUGUUUUUCUGUGAAUAUAACACAUACAUACAAUAAAAAUAAGAAAAAACGAAGAAAAAGGUGCUCUAAAGCUGCCCAAUUGCGCUUAAAAACACAGAGCACAAAACGGCUGAGAUAAUACUUCAAAGAACAAACUUGAAAUACACGGAUUUGGCUACAUCAUGGCCACUGAAGAGUUGCCAGCUGACCUGGACAAGUUGAAAAUAACACAGACUCAUCCUCUUACCAAGACUGUGGAACGGAACCCAUUUUACGAUGCGGAUAAUGGAUUUGAUUCGUCUGAUAACUCAGAGGCAACAAUGAGCUCUAAACCCCGAUCACAACAUCGCUGGAAGUGCAGACCCCGCCGAAGGUCCGAAAGUUGUCUGCAGGACUGCAAGCAGGAGGACUCCUUUGUUCCAGGCGAAUCUUUCGAGAUUGUAAGUCCCUUGAGCUGCUCCCACGGAGUGCAGAAGCAUUCUCAAAAGCGAAAUUACCAUGCGCCAGCGAAGAAGAACAUAUUUCGCCAGCCCAUCCUAAGGUCCUUGUACGGCUGCGAGCAUGGCAAGUGCAUUGUCCGCAGUGGUCGUAUGUUUCUCUGCAAGCCGAAGGAGGAGUCCAGUGAUAUAGUUGGCCAGCCACAGGUCAACGAGGAUUUGAAAUCGGGUAGCUCAUGUGCCUUUCGCGAUGUUAUUGGCGAAUGCAAUGUCAUGCUGGGCGAAUCGAAGAAAAGCCCGCUGGGAAACAGUUGGCACUUUUCCAGGAAGUGUAGUUCAUCAAAGGCCCAGCUCUCGGAAAGUGUUCUUGAAGAGCCAGGAUCUUCAGGACUUCACAGCCAUAAGAUCGAUCAAUUCGCCGUCUCAGCAGCCACGCGAUCUCUGUCAGCCGUUUCGCUGGUGGGAGCAACGUGCUCGCAGCAGGCCAGCUACAAUUCCACAAACCCUGGGAACUGCGACGAUGUUACCAUUGGGGAGUUGGCCAGCUACUUCGACACCAUUGUUCAUAUACCUAAAAAAAUGUCCACAAUGGCCGAAAUGAUGUAUAUAUAAUUAUCGUAACCAUUAUUAAUUCAUACCUUUUCUCUAAAUAUAUUUUUAAGUUUUAAGUGUACGAUAUGUAUGUUACUUGUGAAUACAAUUACACAAUUUCAGCCCUUUUUAAAAUUCAGUUGGCUAAUCUAAAUAUUUAUACUGUAUAAUAUGUACAUAGUCAUUGGUUUAUUCUGCGAAUUACAGCAUUUCUAAAUACACUCAAAUACUAUUUUUAUUAAAACUCCCAA